AUGCAAUGGGUGGACACCUGUGAACCACUUCUUUCGCCGGACGACGAUGAGGUUGCGGGUCCCAGGGAGAUUCUGUCCUACCCACUUGAGGAUAUCAUCGAGCAGGACGAGGAGUCAAUGAGGGAUUCGGUCAGAUCAAAAUGUGGCACCGAUUCGCAUCCGCUAAGCAUUUUGAGUAGAGAGGAUAUUGAAAAGAUUAUAAGCACGGAUGCGACCACUCACGAUGCCGGCUCAGAUGAAGACGCUCUGGAACGUGCCAUGGCCGCUUCGGUGUCAUCAAUUCGAUCCCAUGAUAUCAUGGUUAAGCUAAAUGAAGAUAUUGCUGCGGUGAGUUCUUUUCUAGAAAAUUCUAGAAAAAAGAUUCUUUACAAGGUUGCUAAAUCUAUAUAGGA